UGUAAACACGCUUGUAAACACGCGGGAAACAAACCAGUUGUUGUGGUUCGGUACCUAAAUGUGUAUAACAAUGCUUUAUAAUUUCGGUACAAUUCCUUCAACUUGCUUAUUUGACUCUUGACGCUAUGUCUUCAAUUUUACUACCCGUUGGUCAAUGUGGGAAUCAGAUAGGACACGAGCUUAUGACUUUGGUUGAAAAACAGUGCGAGGGCAAACCACUCAGUCAUAGAGAUGGGAAACUUCGGUGCGUUUGUGUCGACAGUGAAUCUAAAGUGAUCGCUAGUAACAGGAGAAGUGACGGCGUACAUGGCCAAAACAGAGACUCGAAUAUAAUCGCUGGUCGCCGGGGAAGAGGCAAUAACUUCGCCCUGGGUUAUCAUGGCAACAGCAUUGAUGAAGGAGGGACCUCAUUGCUGCACAUGACCAUGGAUGCUAUGAGAAAGGAAGUGGAGAGAUGCGAUAGUUUUGCCGGUACCAUAGUGAUGCAUAGCCUGACAGGGGGUACAGGGUCAGGUCUUGGAGCGCGCCUUGUGGAGACUCUAUCAGAUGCAUACCCACUGGCGCAUGUGAUGUCUGUGGCUGUGUCUCCACACGUCUCAGGGGAAAGUCCACUUCAGCAUUAUAAUUCACUGCUAAGCCUAGCAGCAUUACAGAGGAAUGCGGAUGGAAUCCUUCUCUUUCACAAUGAUGAUGUUUUGCGCCAAGUAAUGCUACAACGAGUCAAGAUAAGUGAACACCAAGUAUUGAGUGGAGGAAGUGUUUCUCUUAUAGACAUGAAUCGCAGCAUAGCAAAAAGUCUUGUUGGUGUUCUACAGCCACUCGGAGAAAAGCCAAAGUCAAUUAAAAAGACUUCAAAAAAAGUUGGUACCAGAAAAGGUACCAAGGAAGAAAAAAAAUGCACUCUAAACUCAUCUCACUUUCCAUUUAGUAAGGCACACAAUUUUUCAAUGGCCUUUAGUGACUCUAGUAUGUGUCCGACCCCAUGCUCAUACCUUAACGAGUCAUCAAGCACAACUGGCAGUGAUGAUGAAACAAGGAAUGACAUGUGUAAACAGCCAGGAGCCACAGCCUCUGCUUUGAUGCGAUAUAGAGGAAUCACUUCUCACCUUAGCAAAGGUUCUGGAACUAGCAAACCUCAAGAAGCAUCUCUAGAUGUACCCAAAGGGAAUGAGCCAUGGGAAAUGCUUCGCUCUAUCUGUCCAGAACCUUCCAAAAAAUUUGUAUCAGUGUAUCACAGUGAGAAAGUUAAAGUGGGACAAUCGUGGGAUCAUCUUUGCCAGUCAUUAGUGCACUCUAUGAACCUUUAUGACAAAAGUGGUCAUCCGUACUCAACACUAGCCUCGUUGCUUAUUGCUCGAGGCGAUACAGACAACACAUUUGCUGAAUCUGCGCUAAAGAUUGAGAAAAGGCUUAAAGGCACCCUGAGAUGUGUGGAAUGGAACCCAUUUCCUGUGGACUUCUGGAUAAGUCCUCACAGUGUAGUGGGGUCCCCUUUUUGUGGUCAGUCUCUCACACUGUGCACAAACUCAAACAGAGCCAGGGACUCGUUGGGAAACAUACUCACAAGAGCAAAAUCCAUGUUCGAUGCUGGUGCCUAUUUACACUGGUUUGAAAAACAUGGCUGUGUAAAGAAUGACUUCCUUGAUGGGUUUUCCACUCUUCAAGAUAUCAUUGAUGAGUAUAAUUGUGCAACUUCCUGACAUGCCAAGUUUCAGGCAUUACUUAGAGAACCCUAACAUGCCUAAACCUCAUAAAGAUGGUGUGAAAUUGUUAAACUCCAAACACAAAAAGGAGCUUAUUGAAGAGAUUCUUAGUGGGCUUCUAGACCGAGAUCAAUCGCAGGUUAGCCAAGUGAGUUAGAGAAUCCCUUAUAGGGUCAUUGUGCACCUCAUAAAAUUUAUAAAGGUCGAAAAGUUGCCAAACUAAUGCGAGUGAAAUUAAGUUGUGUUAACAAUUGCCUUGAUUCGGCAGUACAUGCUAACGACAGACUCAUCAAUAAUAUCAAAUGUAGGCACUGCAUGGUCAGACUACACUAUGAUGACUUGGGAAAUGACUGAAGUUCAUUGAUACUCACAAUUUUGCAAAUUGUUUUAAACUUAUACUUGCAAACAAAUAAAUAGACUCUAUUUUUCUA